CGUAAAAAUGUCUACUGAAAACGCCCAUCUACAAAAAGAAGACAUUGUUAUUGAAAGUUGGCUUCACAAGAAAGGAGAGCACAUUCGUAAUUGGCGCCCCAGGUACUUCAUCUUGUUUCGAGAUGGAACGUUGCUUGGAUUCCGGUCAAAGCCAAAGGAAGAUCAGCCGUUACCAGAGCCACUGAAUAAUUUUAUGAUUAGAGACGCAGCGACGGUUUGCCUUGACAAACCUCGACCAAAUAUGUUUAUCGUGCGAUGUCUCCAAUGGACCACUGUCAUUGAACGCACAUUUUAUGCGGAUAGCGCCGACUUCCGUCAGAUGUGGAUUGAAGCAAUUCAAGCUGUAUCCAGUCACAAUCGUUUGAAAGAAAAUGCAGGAAAUACCAGCAUGCAGGAGGAAGAUACUAAUGGAAAUCCGUCUGGAGAAAGUGAUGUGAACAUGGACGCAACAAGCACCCGUUCGGAUAAUGAUUUUGAGUCAACUGUAAUGAAUAUCGACGAACCAGAGGAAGUUCCAAGAAAAAAUACAGUGACGAUGGACGAUUUUGACUUCCUCAAAGUUCUCGGUCAAGGAACCUUCGGAAAAGUUAUUUUGUGCAGGGAGAAAAGUUCUGAUAAGCUCUACGCCAUUAAGAUUAUCAGAAAAGAAAUGGUCGUUGAUCGUUCUGAGGUGGCCCACACUUUGACUGAAAAUCGAGUUCUGUAUGCUUGCGUUCACCCUUUUCUCACGCUACUUAAAUACAGUUUCCAAGCACAAUAUCACAUCUGUUUUGUGAUGGAGUUUGCAAAUGGUGGCGAGCUGUUCACCCAUCUUCAGAGGUGCAAAACAUUCAGCGAAGCACGAACAAGAUUUUAUGGAUCGGAAAUCAUACUUGCUCUUGGAUACCUUCAUCACAGAAAUAUUGUGUAUCGUGAUAUGAAACUCGAAAAUUUGCUUCUCGACAGAGAUGGUCACAUCAAAAUCACUGACUUUGGGUUGUGCAAAGAGGAAAUCAAAUAUGGAGAUAAAACAAGCACCUUUUGCGGAACACCAGAAUACCUUGCACCAGAGGUUAUCGAAGACAUCGACUAUGACCGUAGUGUUGACUGGUGGGGAGUCGGAGUGGUCAUGUACGAAAUGAUGUGUGGACGGCUUCCAUUUUCAGCAAAGGAGAACGGCAAACUCUUCGAACUAAUUACGACAUGUGAUUUGAAGUUCCCGAAUAGGUUAAGCCCAGAAGCCGUAACAUUACUAUCUGGACUACUCGAAAGGGUCCCAGCUAAGCGGCUUGGUGCCGGUCCUGAUGAUGCACGUGAAGUUUCGAGAGCUGAAUUUUUCAAAGAUGUGGAUUGGGAAGCAACAUUAAGAAAAGAAGUCGAACCUCCAUUUAAGCCAAAUGUGAUGUCUGAAACGGACACGAGUUUCUUUGACAGAGUACGUUACGUUUCAAUUCUUUUGAAAGUUUCAGAAGCAAUAUGAGUAAUUUUUAGAGUAAACGAUUUACAAUUAGGGCAAAGUGUUGUUAUUUUUAGUACAGUUUUAAAAAAAUGUAUGCCAACGUACAUAAGAUUUCAUUUAGUUUUUUUACUGAUACUGAAACACAAACAACACUUUGUUUAAUGACUAGGAUUUUCCAAUUUUCAUAACAGUUUUCAUAGUUUCUAGAAAUAAGAGAACCAAUGAUUCAAAAAUGAUAUUAACAUAUACUCAGGAGUUCACAUCAAUGCCGGUCCAACUGACGCCUCCACGUAGAGGGGAAGAACUUCCGACAGUUGAUGAGGAAGAAGAAUUACAAGCCAACUUCAUACAAUUUGCGUCAUACUACGUGUCGGGAAGCUUGGAACGAUCUUAUGAUACGAACAGAAGCGCUGACAAAUACGAAAUAAGAUGAUUUUGUUUUCAACAAUUUUUUGUGUUUUCUGUACGUUUUUUUCUCAUUCACUCAAUUUUGUCAACAUUUCAUUGUCUCCUUUGAAAACUUGUUAUCUCUUUCAUGAACUUAACAAAAUCUCUUUCAAACAUUUCAACCUUUCCAAAAACUGAAACUUUGCGUAGAGCACAUUUCGUGUUGCUCACAUCCUCUGGGCUAAUUUCCAUUCCUUUCCUGUUAAAACUCCCCAUUUCGCAUCACUUUUUUGACAAUGCUCUUUUAUCAUGUUUUUCUGUAGUACUUGAUUCAUAUACCCAUCUCUCGGGUAUAUUUAAAACUUUUAAAACACAGUUCCUUUUCUUGAUAACAUCUUUUUCUUGAUAUUUUGUCGCCGACAUUUUUUCUCGGGAAUGAACCUUUCUCACAUGGAUGACUUAACAGUACUUUUACAUUAAGACAAAUACUCAGUUCAAGUAACAAAGAAAACUUUUAUCAGAAUUUAUUUAGUUCAGUUUUUGAAUGUCUAAUAAA